AUGGACAUGGAAAAGCCAGGUGAAAACCAUAUGAUGAGCAGGGAGGCCAGCAGAAGCCAAGGUGUACUGAGGGUGUUGCCAAAGCUGGAGCUGCUGCUGCUGCUGCUGCUGCUGCUGCGAGCCAUGAUGCUCCUCCCUGGCAUCCUGCUUCUGGCCUGGCUGCCUGAAAGCCUAGCCCACCAAGGCGCCCCGCUCUGGGUGACCCCACGCUGCUACUCAGCUGAGGAGCUGCCCCACGGCCAGGUGCCCCCACACCUGCUGGCUCGAAGUGCCAGGUGGGAGCAGGCCCUGCCUGUGGCCCUGGUGCCCAGCCUGGAGGCAGCCGGCCCCAGGAGGCCACACAAAUGGGCCCCAGCCAGGGAGCAGUGCCCCACACUGAGGCCCGAGCAGGUGCUGCAGGCGGAUACCCACGAGCGCUCCAUCUCGCCCUGGAGAUACCGUGUGGACGUGGACGAGGACCGCUACCCACAGAAGCUGGCCAUCGCUGAGUGCCUGUGCCGCGGCUGCAUCAACACCAGGACCGGCCAGGAGACCACCGCGCUCAACUCUGUGCCCCUGCACCAGAGCCUGCUUGUGCUGCGCCGCCGGCCCUGCUCCCCCAUGCCCGGGGCCUUCGCCUUCCACGCAGAGUUCAUCCGCGUGCCCGUGGGCUGCACCUGCGUCCUGCCCAGAUCGGCCCCGUGAUGGGCCAGGAGGAAUGCAGACUCAGGCCGGAGUGCCUCCUAUUUACGUCUUAUUUAUUGCUAUUUAUGGCCAGAGUGACCCUCAUUCGGGCUGCAUCUGUGCCACCCCAGUGUCCUCCGGAGCAUCCCGUGCCCA